CAAAAAAAUGUCAAUUUAUCUGAAUCACACAACAACACUACAUACGCUUUUGUGAACCUAAUUUCUAAAUAAAAAUUGCUCAUUUUUCUUUAGUACUAGACUAUUUAAUGUUUAUGUUUCUACUACUAGUCUAUUAAAUUAUGACUUUAUCUGAAUAUACCCAUCUUAAACAACAAAUUGUGAUUAAUGUCGGAAAAAGUGACAAUCAUAAUCACUUACUAAAUAAACUAAAAGAGUUUUAUAAAGAUGACAUAGAUUCUAAUAGAAGGUUUGAACAAAUAAAUACAAUAGGCCAGUUAUUAAAGAUUCUAGAAAUAAGAUGUAUUUUAUCAGAAGAAAAUGUUGGACCCUUAAAAGAAAUAGCUCGUCUACUAAACGAUAACGAACUUUUAAAAAGAAUUUGUAACUAUGAAGUUAAUCAUAUUGGUAAAGAAUAUGUUAAUCAAUACGUUAUUGAUAAUCUACCAACAGCAACAGUAUUAGACAAUAAAGAAAACAAAAAAAGUAAUAAUUAUGCUAUUAGUGAAGUAAGCUUAAUGAAAAAAGACCGAAUCAAAGAAACACUUGUGGAGGAAGUUGGGAGGUUUUGGCGAGACUUGGGCAGAAAUCUUAAAAUCCGAGAAUGUAAGAUUGAUGAAAUUGAUACAAAAUACAAUACUGUAGAAGACAAAACGUCUGAGUUGAUCAACUUGUUUCUGGAAAAGGCUGACAAACAAAGAUGGUUUUUUGUGUUAUGCGAAGCAUUAGAAAAAUCUCGGAGAAAGGACCUGAGUAAAACCUUACAGGAAAUUAUUACUAUGAAUUUGUAAAUAUUCUUUUAAAUUUAUUUUAAUACAAA